GCAGCUGUCCAUGGUCCAUGGUUGUAGCGGGGACGUGCGAGAUGCGGCCAUAGUCACGCUCCUCUGUCAGAACCAGGAGCCUCGAGAUCUGUGUCUGAAACGUGACGAAGCGACGUAAAGUUUGUGCGUCAUGGCGGAGCAUCAGAGGCAGCGCUCUCUGUCCACCGCGGGCGAGUCCCUGUACCACGUCCUGGGGGUCGACAAAGUGGCCACGAAUGACGACAUUAAGAAGUCUUACAGGAAACUGGCCUUAAAGUAUCAUCCCGACAAGAACCCGGACAACCCCGAGGCGGUGGACAAGUUUAAAGAGAUAAACAACGCCCACGCCAUCCUGAACGACCCCACCAAACGAAACAUUUACGACAAGUACGGCUCUCUGGGGCUGUACGUGGCCGAGCAGUUUGGAGAAGAGAACGUCAACACAUACUUCGUCCUGUCGAGCUGGUGGGCAAAGGCUCUGUUCGUCCUGUGUGGAGUGGCGACAGGCUGUUACUUCUGCUGCUGUCUGUGCUGUUGCUGUAACUGCUGCUGCGGUCGCUGUAAACCUCGACCCCGAGAGGCUCCAGACCAAGAGUUCUACAUGUCUCCUGAGGAUCUGGAGGCGCAGCUGCAGUCGGACGAGAGAGAGGCCGGCGGGGACCCCAUCGUCCUGCAGCCGUCAGCCACAGAGACGACCCAGCUCACGUCGGACGGGCACUACUCUUACCACACCGACACCAGCUUCAACUAACCCUCCCCCCGCCUCCCCCUCGAACCCCGCGCCCGCCGCCCCGCCCUCCUCCCCCCCUGGUCUGGUCCUGCCUGUGUCCCGACUGUGAGACGCAAACCAUUUUACCCUCCACAAACGAAGCCAUGCAGAAGAAGAAGAAGAAGAAGAGGAAGAAGACGAGAGCAUGGCUUAAAACAAGAACUACGGCAGACGAAUCCUCGAACCCUCAAACCCUCAAACCCUCUUCACACGAUCGGGAGUUUUCCGUCCAGUUCAAACGCAAACGACAUGAUUUACACGAACGAAACCGCCCCCCCGCCCCCUGCCGUAUGUGUUGCGUCAUGUAGUAGCAUGAAAAUCACCAGAGUAACAUCACUAUGGCAACGAUUUACUUUGCAAAAACUUAAUAUGUGCAAUGUGUUGAAAAUAGAACAGAUAAAUGAUAUAAAGAGAUUUAUUAUUAUAGAAGGUCUGUGGCUCAGGGAGGAGUCACGCAGAAAGUGAAAAAACGCGCGUAACGAGGUCAGUAGUGCCACCGCCACCACGAAAAAAAACAUCUGUCUUCUGUAUUUUAAAGCUAUACUACGCAGUUUUACAUGGCAUUUUUAGUGUUUUGACGUGUUUGUUUCGCGAACGAACUAUAUCAGAGUUAAGCCAAGGAGCGAGAUGUGUUUCGUUUUUCUCUAUUUAGACUCGUGUGUGUAAAAGAGGGAGACUGGGAGACUUCUGUGUGGUUAAAGUGUAAGUCUAUUCGGCUGCAGUGUCGUUAGCGGCGGUCGGUUCUGUCCGUUUACGCCCGUUUACGCCCGUUUACGCCCGUUUACGCCCGUUUACGCCCGUUUACGCCCGUUUACGCCCGUUUCCCUCGUCCCGUACGUGUCUGAGGUUUGAUUUGGAGGCAUAUCAUUUGAGCCAGCACUACAGGCAGCUCGGGACUUUUUCUUAUAAGACUGAAGUUCUAUUUUUCGUCUCGCAGUUACCUACCGCCAUGUCCAUCUCCGCCACUCUUCCAUAGAUGCUACCGAUGUGUUUAAAUUGUUUACAAACGGUGAGCUCCCGUCGCCCGCCCUAUGCUAUUAAGAGUACGGCUGUUGACCUGUGGUGUGUGUCCUGUGAUCCUUGAUGAAACGUAGAUGUAUCUGUCACGGCGUUUUCACUGAGAAACUGAAAAAUGCUACUCUAAAACGUACUUAGUUAAAUGCACUGUGUCUUUAAAAAAAAUACUAUAACGAUCAGGAAGUAACUCCAUAUAGUGUAAUUAUAGUGAAAUGGUCACAUGAAGACGUUUUUAUUUCGUUUAUUUUAUACUUUGCCAUGGUUGACGUGGGACUGGCGGUCGUUUUACCCGGUGUUGUGAGACCUCUGAACCGAGCGGGAGUCGUUUCAUCGUUAAAGUCGCUUGUACAUACACUUUACCCAUUUAAAAUCUAAAACCCUGACUUUAUGUUGUAGCAUGGUACUCGUGUGUUUGGAUGAAAACAAGUGGAUUGUUGAUCUGAUUUGCUGUUGUUGAAUAAAUGUUCUUGAACAUU